AUAGAGAGUGUUCAGUGCCACUUUUUCCUUCGUAGGGGUCGCGUAUAAAUGAACGACGUUGGUGCACGACUUUCUAGUUAACAAAUCGUAAUUAUAUUACGCAGUUGCAAAUUAUCAUAAAACAAUGUGAUAACUAAAAUAAAAUCUAUUGCAUGAGCAAUACAUCAAAGCAGCGCAAGAAUGUGUAUAUACAAUGUGUGUAAAUUAUACGAGUUCGUCUUUUAAAAGAAAUUCAUAAAUUUAAAACUCAGAAAAAUAUAUUUUAAAUAAUUCACAAGUAGACUGUAAAGAGUUUAGCCAUGUGGAACAACCCCAUAACGUUAAAACUUUAUCGCAUGAGGCGUCUGUUGCAAAAUUCUGCGAAAGAUAAUAAAAAUGUUGAAAAGACAGAAAAGUCGUCCGCUAUCUGUAAAGAAGAAUAUUUAACUGAUAGAAAUUUAUCAAUUAUGACCGAUCAGCAUCUUGAAUCAGAUGUCGUGGACAAUGUUUGUCUGCGACAAAAGCAGCACGUUGAUGCAAGAACGUCGAAUCCUUCCCGCACGUGUUCGCAGGACUCGUACGUCAUGAUAGCAUGUGAAGAACUGCCUAUCGCAAUGAAAUAUAAUAAUUGGGAAUACGUGGGCCAUGAUGAUAUCACCGAAAGUAUACGAACCAACAGUACCGUAAAAAAAUACUGUAGUCCCAGAUGCAGUAGUGCUUGGUUUCUAAAAAUCCGUCGCGAGUUUUUGAAGAAUUUCCGUAACAAAAUUUAUCCUGCAGUGACAAGUGGAAUACAAGAAUCAGAUGGCGGCUUUUUCGAAAAUCUCGGCACGCUGCUCGCAGAGAAAGCUCGCGCUCAAGAGCAAGCAGAAGGUCCACUUCCAGUUAAGAAGGAUGAAAUACAGGAAGAAGAAGAAGAUACCUCGACUGAGGAAGGAAGCAUCCACGAACCGACUGAAGCUUUGCUGGACACAGACAGCGACAGAGAUGAAGAUGAACAUACUCGGAAUUUCUUGGCUGAAUCGAUAGGCUUAAAUAUCGAAGAGCUUUAUACAGCGUUGGUGUAUAUGACACAACAUCAAAUUGGCUUCGACGUCUCUAAAGAAUGUUCCCAAGAAAGUCUUAUAAACCACUUACAAAGUGCCUUUAAAAUUGAUAACAUAGCACACGAGAAAGUGUUGGAACAAACGCGAAAUCUUGAGCCACCGGAACUACAUCUUAACAUCGAAGUAAUUGAAGCCAAGGAACUAGUCUCCAAAGAUUCUAAUGGUAAAAGUGACCCUUUCUGCGCUCUUUAUCUCGAAUCAACACCUACCAGAAGAUAUAAUACUGCCGUGAAACCUUGUACACUAAGUCCAGUCUGGGAAGAACACUUUGAAUUACCACUGGCAGAUCCUGAGAAUGAUAUCUUGUACCUUGAAGUAUGGGAUUUCGAUGCUGCCGAAACUGUGCCUGAAAAAAUGAGUAAAGUUAAAGAUGUCAAAGGAGUUCGUGGAUUAGUUAAGUUGGCCAAAGAAAUUGCAGUAACGGCUACAACUGGUAGUCACAAUAAUGAAUUCAUUGGUCGAUGUCGAAUACCUUUGAAGGAUAUACCCACAACAGGCCAUACAAUGUGGUAUUCUCUGGACAAGAAAAACAAAUCUAAACGCCGCGGUGUUGUCAAGCUCCGACUGGCGUUUAGCGCUGAACAUAAUGCACAAGUAGCCGCACAAGAGCAUCGGCAUCUGCUAAGAGUGUUGCUUCUUCACGAGAUUGAAACGCAGAAAAUCGAAAAGUAUUGUUGGUGUGGUCGUUGGUCAGGACCAGCCGACGCAAUUAUUCUUCAACAUAGCGCGCAACGUGGUUUAUUAGCCAGAAAUGUCGCCCUGGCACAAUGGAUCGAAUACGCGAACAUUCAUCAGGAACACCCAUUAAGCUUCACCGUCUUUAAUAAACUCAUAAUCGAUUUGCUCAGACCAAUGGACAAUGGCCUGUUCUCCGUUGACGAAACUAAACUUUUCUGGAAAGCUACCAAGAAAAUUGUAUUUUCAUGCUUAAACAGCAUACGAAAAAUAAGAAAAUUGAUUUUGGGAGAUAAAAAUACCAUGGUACAAUUAUCUUCCAUUUUAGGGAUAUUAUCAGCUAUAUCCAGUCUAAAAAUUCCUGAAGAUAUUAACCUCUUUCCCGCUAAAUUGUAUUUCUGGUUUCCUGAACCUGAUGACUUAAAGGUAGACAUACUCCAAGGUUUGGAAUACACUAUUACACAAGGAUGCGCCGAAUGGUUUGAACACAUAUUAAGCAAUAAUUCGCCCGAUACUGAAUCGGAUGAAGACGCGCUUAGGUAUCAUAUUAAAGUAAUUCAACUAAUUAGAGCAGAUUUACAGAGAGCUAUUGAUUAUUACGACAAAUUAUUCAUAAAGAGAGUCAAUGUUCCGUAUGCAAGAAUGAUGUAUAUUGCGUAUGAAAAAAGAAUCAGUGAUAUGUGCAUGAUCAUUAUAGAGGACGUGUGUGCCAGAUUGAAACGAAUUGAAGUUGAUAGCACCGACAACGUGGAAUUGAGUCUAGGCACGACUCUAUUCGAGCUUUACCUUACACUUCAAAGAUACGCCACACUUGGUCAGGUGCUUUGUGCCGAAGGACAGUUGGAGGAUAUGAAGAUACAGAAUUAUUACGAUUGGUUUAGAUGUGGCGUCGCGCAUUGGCUGGAAAUAGCAGUGUAUAAAGCACUUAAACGCAUCGACAGAGCAAUUGAACUUGACACUUUGCAGGCAGUCGACCAAAGCGUUCAGUAUAGCUCAAGCGCUGUAGAUACAGUAACAACAUUCUAUCAAAUUCAAGUUUUUUGGACGCAGCUAGCGUGGCCCGACGUUGAAGGUUCCUAUACGUUCUUAGCAAGAAUAAUUGACGACAUUUGUAAAUGUUCCAUGGCAUACGCCGAUAAAAUGGCAGCAAAAGCGGAGUUGACAACAGAAUUAGAACAACUCUCGCAGAGUAGUGUCUAUGAAAAAAGGUUUACAAUAUCGACGGCCUGGUGCUUUGCUAUUAAUAAUAUCGAUUAUAUCAGAACAGCGAUCGCACCGCUGGCUAAGGACUUGGGAUUACAGAACAUCGUGGAUGCUUUAGGAGAGCACAAGACUCAUGAGGAGGCUGAUCGUUGUCGGCAAACUCUUCAGCUUAUCAUUGACAACGCCACAGAUACUGUGAAGAACAAAAUCAUAGAGUUGUUGGAAAUUGUAUCCAAUAAAAUGGCUCCUGCAAUGAACAGAUACCUCAUGGAGGGUGCCGAAUUAAUUGACACGACCAGCAACGCGAUGGAUCGUCUAUUGCAGUAUUUAGACAGUAAUCUGGCAACUUUGCAUGAUAAUCUCUACGAGGACAACUUCAAGAGAGUUCUCUUAGUAAUUUGGGAAGUUAUGUCACAAACAUUGUACGAGCUAGUCAACACCAAUUUAGAGAAACGACGACCGCCUGCAUUUUACUCGAACUUGCAUAGAACUCUUCACACGCUCAUUCGAUUCUUCAAUUUUGGUGCCGAUGAAGCGGCAAACGUCCAAGUUUUAGAGAAAAUCGAACGUCUUUUAAAGUUACAUGGACUUGAGACUGCCGAGCUCAUACAUCGUUUUCAUCUCGAACGGAUAGAAGAACAGAAAACAAUGGAAGAUCCCAUUUACGGUCUUGUCAGCGUCAAGGCAUACUUCGUUGAUAAUUCAUUGAACAUACAGAUUUUGAAUGCCAGAAAUCUCCGUUGCAUGGAUAGCAAUGGCCAUUUUAUAAGCAAGCUGUCUACUCUUGAGCGUAAACUGCAUUCAAAAUCUAAACAAAGAGUCAAAGAUGGGAAGACAAGUAAAUGCGAUUCCUACGUGAAAAUCAGAUUACUGCCUGAAGAGAAAUUUGCCGAAAUUAAAGCACCGAAGACGCAUGUGCAGAAAGAAACGGUCUUUCCCCUUUUCGAUGAAACAUUUAACAUUCCUCUCACUCCGGGACAAAGAGCCAUAGAGAAUGCUAUAGUGGCAUUUGAACUAAAAGACAAGGAUUUUCUUAGAUCAAGAUUUAUGGCUGAAGCCUUUUUACCAUUUAAUGAGAUUCCUGACACCGAACCAGAAACUAGCUUCGCAAUUCUACAACAAAUACAUUUGAAACUUUCUCGUCCAACCAAGAAAAAUACGGACGUCAUUCGCGCAUUAGAGCAUCGGAAAGGAGACAAUCAAGCGACCGACUUCAUGUCAAGACUUAAUACUAAGACGAAUUCUAAAUGAUCCACGUGGAGCUUCGACGUUGAUCUACGUUUGGACAACUUUCGAAAAUAUGCAAUGCAAAAUAUAUUCACACAACUCAGUCUAUAUAAGACGUGGCGAUGUUAAUAUGCCAGCGUUGCCUUACGAAACGUCGCUGUGAAUAUUUCUUGGCACAUAUGUUUCCGUCAUCGCGUCAUCAUUAAUUCCACAACGCGGUACUCACAAGUGUCUUAAGGCUGUGCAUAGUUUCGAUUGUUUUUAUCCUUUGGAGAGAACUACUGAAUACCGCAUUUCGAAACUUGAAACCGAAAACUGUAAGGCUGAGUAAGUGCUACUUAUGGAGAGAGAGAUCUAUAAUUGUAUUUAUUACAAACAAGUAACUAAUCAUGUUAAUUACAUCAUGUUAAGUGACCACAUACUCAACAAUACUUUUGUAAUAUAACUUAUACAUAAUUUGCGAUAAUAGAAAUUUGGGAAUAUCUUUUAUAUUAUAUAUGUGUAUUUUAUAUUAUAAUAUGUGUAAUACUGUAUGCAAUAUUGUUAUACUCAGCAAAUGGAGCGUGUACAUAGAUCUUAAAUGAUAAAAUAAUUGAUAUUGCAAUUUUAUCAUAAAUAUUAUUUCUAUUAACCAAAUAUGUAUAUAUCUUAUUGGCACAUUCGACAAUACACUGUAUUCCCGGUGAUGCAUCAUAAAGAAACUGAAUGUGAAACUUUUAACAAUAACUCGUUUCAACAGGGAAAUAUUUAUCUGGCCUUAUUUGGCUGGAAGAAACUUACGUGCUAUCCAAUAUAAUUUAAUAAAAUUUUUUGAAGACGGCAA